AUGGGAAAUUGCCAAGCCAUUGAUAAUGCAAGUCUAGUAAUACAACACCCAAGUGGUAGAGUGGACAAACUGUAUUGCCCUGUAACUGCUUGUGAAAUUAUGAAGAUGAACCCUGGCCACUAUGUUGCUCUUCUCCUUGCAACCACCUUGUAUUCCUCCACCACCACAACCACCACCACCAAUGACAAGAAUAUGACUACCACCACCCCUGCCGCCACCACCAACAACCCAGUUCGCAUUACACGCAUUAAACUUCUCCGGCAAACUGAUACUCUUGUUCUUGGUCAUGCUUAUAGGCUCAUCACCACUGAAGAGGUUAUGAAAGGUUUGGGGGAAAAAAAGUAUGCAAAGAUGAAGAACAAACAAUCAGAUUCAGCUGAUAAGCCAGAAAGAAUGAAAGAGAAGGAAGCUGGUUCACAUUUUGAGACAGCAAGAAGAAGCACUGACAGGGACAAGAUCCACCAGGUGAAAAAGCAUGAAAGGAAUCGGGCACGAACAUCGCCAUCGGGGAACUCGGCCACUGCAAAAUUAAGACCAUGGCAACCGGCGUUAAAGAGCAUCUCGGAGGCCGGAAGCUGAUUCUUUCAUUGUAGGAGAGAGUGACAGAAGUUGUGGCAAGUGAUCAAAAAGAGUUGCUCAAGAGCAAGACCUUUGAUGGGUUGAACAUGUAUAGCAGCAAAAGAGAGUGACUAAAGAAAGGGGACUUGAAAGCUAAAAAUUAUAUGGCAUUGCAUGGGAUGGUAAAUGCCAUAGUUCUUUGCUUCAUGAGUUUUUUUUUUUUUUUUUUUGACAAUUAACCAAUUGAUUCUUGCUGAGGGCUGUUAAUGAACAACUCUCGGGCUAGGGUUGGUUUUGGUUCGUUCAAGCUCAUUGUAUUAAAGAAUGAACCAUAUGGGAUGAUUCACUUUAACCCUGUCAAAGAUUGGUGUCACUGCAUCAUAGAUUUGUUCCAAAAUAAGC